AUGUCCGCGACUCCCACCAGCUCGACGGACAGUGCCGAGGCGAGCAACACAUCUACUGCGCACGGGUUCCAGGCUCUAAGCCCGGCCACUUCGCUGCCCUUUACGUUCGUUAUCGUUUUUGUUGCUGUGUUUCUAUUCUUCGUCGGCUGCAGUUGCGGAAGUCGUCGUUUUGCUUGGGAGCUUCGCCAUCGCAUUGCGGUGCAAGACCAGGAUACUCCUCGCCGUGUCCGCCAGUCACGACCGGUCUUGUGGGAUGUAUGGACACAGAUGGGUAGAAAUACGAGGAAAAAUUGGGUAGGACAGAAACAAAUAGAGGAAGCCGUUUUGGAUAUAUGGUCCGCUGUGCAGCCGCUGUCCGUGACAUAUGUUCGAGAGCAUCAACGCCCUAAACACAGAAACGCAGACGCAGAUUGUGCACGACCUCCGGUAUCUGCAGCCCUUCCCGUUCCCCGGCCGCCUGCACCACUGACCUUACCUUCUGCGUUCCUGCGCGUAUUCGAGCGCAUACUGUUCCUUCCCCCGUUUAUUCCACCACGUAUACCACCACGUCGUGAUGAAACGGAAUUCCCUGAAGUGCCAAAAGCACCACCGCCUGUGCGCGCAUUGCAGGUAUCCAUUCUGAUUGCCAUGCCGAGUCCGGUACGAGGGACAAGACGAAUACCAAGGAGUAUGGAUGACCUUCCUGAGCAGAAGGAAGACAGGAUCGUCGACGAGGAGCGGAGAGGGAGGACAACAGAUGAGGUCACGAACGGGGAUGCUGCGGAUGGAGAAAAACUGGGAGAGUAUGUGAUUGGGAUGACCGAAGUUCCCUGGACGGACGAUGGAUCAUAG